AUGAAGGCAGAGGAGGAGGAGCUGCUGGAUGCAGAGGAGGAGGUGAUGAAGGCAGAGGAGGAGCUGGGAGCACAGGAAGAGCUGGAAGCAGAGGAGGAGAUGAAGGUAGAGGAGGAGGAGGAGGAGAUGAAGGCAGAUGAGGAGGAGAUAACGGCAGAGGAGGAGAAGGUGAAGGCUGAAGAGGAGGAGAUGAAGGCUGAGGAUGGGGAGAUAAUGGCAGAGGAGGAGGAAAUGGCGGAAGAGCAGGAGGAGAAAAUAAAGGGUGAGGAGGAGGUGGAGGCAGAGGAGGAGGAGGAGACGAUGGAGGCAGAGGAGGAAAAGGAGAUGAAGGCAGAGGAGAAGAUACAGGCAAAAGAGGAGGAAGUGAAGGCGGUGGAUGAGCUGGCAAUCACUUUGGUUGCGGAGGCCAAGAACAUUAACGAAUUGAAAGAGGUGUUGGAGGGGAUUCAAGAGGCCAACGACUGCAAAGAGGAGAAGAAGAUAAAUAUAAAGAAUGAAGAUGGGAAGAAUGAAAGUGAUCAAGAUAACAAAGAUCAGGCUGCUGUAACUGGAAGGAGACAGAAGUGCAAAUCGAGUAGUUCCUAUAGGUUUCAGCACGAGUUGGCAGACGCUCUUGCCUUCAAUGAGUAUGUCUAUCUGAAUGACAUUCAGACAAACCAGAUUAACGAGUUUGUCCAAUAUCUCCAAAAGAAUGGGGCAGAGCUGACGACUGAUGAGGAGGAAAUCAUAAAAGAGAAGGAAGCAAAGGAAGAGGUAGAAUGGGAGGAGCUGGAGGCAGAGGAGCUGGAGGCGGAGGAGGAGGUAAAAGCAGAGGAGGAGCUGGAUGCAGAGGAGGAGGAGAUGAAGGAGGAGGUGAAAACAGAUGAGGAGCUGGAUGCAGAGGAGGAGGAGAUGAAGGCAGAGGAGGAGCUGAAAGUAGAGGAGGAAGAGGUGAAGGCAGAGGAGGAGCUGAAAGCAGAGGAGAAAGAGGUGAAGGCAGAGGAGGAGCUGAAAGUAGAGGAGGAAGAGGAGGAGGAGGAGGAGAUGAAGGCAGAGGAGGAGGAGCUGAAAGCAGAGGAGGAGGAGGAGGUGAAAACAGAUGAGGAGCUGGAUGCAGAGGAGGAGGAGGUGAAGGCAGAGGAGGAGCUGAAAGUAGAGGAGGAAGAGGUGAAGGCAGAGGAGGAGCUGAAAGCAGAGGAGAAAGAGGUGAAGGCAGAGGAGGAGCUGAAAGUAGAGGAGGAAGAGGCAGAGGAGGAGGAGGAGGUGAAGGCAGAAGAGGAGGAGAUACAGGCUGAGGAGGAGCUGGAUGCAGAGGAGGAGGAUAUACCAGCAAAGGAGGAGGAGGUGAAAGCAGAGGGGAAGCUGGAUGCAGAGGAGGAGCUGGAUGCAGAGGAGGAGGAGAUGAAGACAGAGGAGAAGGAGGAGGAGAUACCAGUAACGGAGGAGGUGAAAGCAGAGGAGGAGGAGAUGACGGAGGAGGAGGUGAAGGCAGAAGAGGAGAUACAGACUGAGAAGGAGGAGGUGAAGGCUGAGGAGGAGCUGGAUGCAGAGGAGGAGAUACCAGCAAAGGAGGAGGAGGUGAAAGCAGAGGGGAAGCUGGAUGCAGAGGAGGAGGAGAUAAAGGAGGGGGAGGUGAAGACAGAGGAGGAAGAGCUGGAUGCAGAGGAGGAGGAGGUGAAGGGAGAGGAGGUGAAGACAGAGAAGGAGCAGCUGGAUGCAGAGGAGGAGAUGAAAUCAGAGGAGGAGAAGACAAGGGCUGAGGAGGAGGUGAAUGCAAAGGAGGAGAUGAAGGCGGUGGAUGAGUUGGCAAUCACUUUGGUUGCGGAGGCAAAGAACAUUAGCGAAUUGAAAAAGGUGUUGGAGGGGAUUCAACAGGCCAAAGACUUCAAAGAGAGGAAGAUAAAUGUAAACAAUGAAGAUAGGAAGAAGGAGAGUGAUCAAGAUAACAAAGAUCAGGCUGAUGUAACUGGAAGGAGACGGAAGUGGUGGAAAGUUUUUUGCUGUUUUGGUUGGAGGAGGCGCAGCAGGCUCUCUUAA